AUGGUACUCGAACUUGAGGCGCUUUGUGGCCACAGAGCGCCUAGCCACCAACGAACUGUGCUUGUACACCGUAACGGAUCCAGUACAAUCACAAAGCUGUGGACAUCCCAGUCUCAUCCCACUGCCCCUAGUAUCGUCAUCGCAGCUCAAAUCGUCUAUCAUCAGAAAAUGGUUCUGUUCUUCGCAUCAACUGGUGAGCUGUCUCGCAUCGCCAGCAGGACUGUGGUCGCUCAGCACCAGGCAGCUGCCAAUCCCCCAGUGACCCUGUACAUGGGGAAAGACAAGCCCUGGUCGACAGAUGAAGACCUGAUCAAGUAUGCCUGGCCACAAGACGUCUGGUUUCACGUCGACAAGCUCUCCUCCGCACACGUCUAUCUCAGGAUGCCCGAAUCGAUGUCGUGGGAGAGCAUCCCCGAGCCGCUCCUCGCCGACUGUGCUCAGCUCGUAAAGGCGAACUCAAUCGAAGGAAACAAGAAGGACAAUCUGACCAUCAUCUACACUCCCGCGGACAACCUCAAGAAAACCGGAGACAUGGCCGUGGGCCAGGUGUCGUUCCACAGUGAUAAGCGAGUCAGGCGCGUUCAUGUGGCAAAACGUGAGAACCCGGUAGUCAACCGUCUGAACAAGACAAAGGUGGAACGGCAGGUCGACCACGAGCAGGAGCGUAUCGACCGAAUCAAGCAAGAAAACGCGGUGCGCAGAGCCGCGGCGGCGCAGAAGAAAAAGGCAGAUGCGGAACUAGCGCGUACUCGGGAGGCGGAGAAGGCGGCACGGUCGUAUGACACGCUAUUUUCUCAGCAAGAGGAUGACGACGACAACGAGGCAGGCCAGGCGUACAACUCGGUCCGCGAAAUGGAGGAUGACUUCAUGUGA